AUGGCUUUACUACCAGCCAUUCUUUCCAGCCUAUUCACAAUACAAUUUGUUCUAGGAUAUUUUGCCAAUGGCUUCAUAGCACUGGUGAACUGCAUUGACUGGGUCAAGAGACAAAAGAUCUCCUGCGCUGAUGGAAUUCUCACUGCUCUGGCUGUCUCCAGAAUUUGUUUGCUCUGUGUAUUAGUACUAAAUUGGUAUGCAACUGUACUUAAUCUAGCAUUUUAUAGUUUAGAUGUAAAACUGAUUGUUCAUAUUGUCUGGAUGACAAGCCACCAUUUUAGUCUGUGGCUUGCUACUAGCCUUAGCAUAUUUUAUUUGCUCAAGAUAGCCAAUUUCUCCAGCCUUUUAUUUCUUCACCUAAAAUGGAGAGCUGAAAGAGUGGUUAUCAUGAUACUGUUGGGGGCUUUGGUCUUCUUGGUUUUUCAUCUUGCAGUGGUAAGCACAGAUGAAAAAAUGCAGAUGAAUGAAGAUAAAGGAAACAUCACUUGGGAGACUAACUUGGGGGACAUUAUGCACCUUUCAAAUCAGACUUUAUUCAUGCUUGUAAACUUCAUACCCUUUACUAUGUCCCUGACAGCUGUUCUGCUGUUAACCUUUUCCAUGUGGAAACAUCUGAAGAACAUGCAGCUUAGUGGCAAAGGAACUGAAGAUCCCAGCACCGAGGUCCACAUAAGAGCCAUGCAAACUGUGAUCUCCUUUCUCUUGGUAUUUGUCUUUUUUUUCUUCACUCAAGUCAUCUCAGUUUGGAAUUCGAGUACUCAGCAGAACAAUUUAGUUCACAUGGUUUGCAAGGUUCUUGGAAUCCUGUAUCCGUCAAGCCACUCAUUUAUUCUGAUUUGGGGGAAUAAGAAGCUGAGACAGGCCUUUCUGUCAUUUCUGUGGCAGUUGAGGUGCUGGUUGAGGAAAGAGAAAUAAGUGGGGCACCUUGUGUCUUCUGGCAGAAAACAAACUGAUGGAGUCCAUAACAUUUGUACUUCCUACAUAUUUUUUAAUGUGUAUAGAAUUGGGUAAGUUACACCUAGAAAAACUUCUACUUAAGUUUGCCACA